AUGAGCGAAGAGGAUAAGAUGGAGGUGGACUCGGACGUGGUGGAACAGCGUUCGUCCGAGGUUCCGCAGGCGACGAAGACGAAACCCAAGAGGUUUGAGAUCAAGAAAUGGACGGCUGUGGCGUUUUGGUCUUGGGAUAUUGCUGUGGACAAUUGCGCUAUCUGCAGGAAUCAUAUUAUGGAGCCUUGCAUUGAAUGCCAGCCUCUAGCCAUGACAGAUACCGAUAACGAAUGCGUAGCAGCCUGGGGUACGUGUAACCACGCCUUCCACCUACAUUGCAUCAAUAAGUGGAUCAAGACCAGAGAUGCGUGUCCGCUGGAUAACCAGCCGUGGCAGCUGGCCAGAUGCGGGCGAUAG